GCGACCACCAGCCGCUGCUCGGCGAGCAGAAGUUCAAGGCGGCCGCGCCGUUCCGCGACGGACGGCUUCACGAGCUGCGCGCCGUUCGCCGAGGCGGCGCGGCCCGAGCCCGCCCGUUCGCGGCGACCGACUUCGCCAGCGAGCGGGGCGGCGACUUCGUCGACCUGGACUCGCUCAUCAGCCGGCUGCUGUCGGCGGGCGCCGGCGCCAAGGCGGCCACGCAUCAGCAUCCGGCCUUCCUCAACCAGCUGCCACCGCCGGCCGAGGACGGCAAGCGUAAGAGCAAGAGCGCCAGCGGGCGGCGGCGCAACACCGCGCACGCCUGCCAGUACCCCUGCACCAAGGUGUACACCAAGUCGUCGCACCUGAAGGCGCACCAACGGACCCACACGGGCGAGAAACCCUUCCAGUGCACGUGGAAGGACUGUGACUGGAAGUUCGCGCGCAGUGACGAGCUGACGCGGCACUUCCGCAAACACACGGGCGACCGGCCGUUCCAGUGCCGGCUGUGCGACCGCGCCUUCUCGCGGUCAGAUCACCUUUCGCUGCACAUGAAGAGCACGUGGACGACGUAG